CUGAAUUUGUAAGCCUUACUUUAUCACUAGAUCAGAGUAGUGCCAGGGAAAAUGGGCUCUGUGGAAAAAGCGGUAGAUGCCUUCCUGUUCUCUGGCAUGCUUGUAGUAGCAGUGGCAUGUGUACUUAUAUACACUCAAGUCCUUCUCCCUCAAGCUCCCUUCCCUCAUUUCCUUGUCCAACUCAAGAAUUGGUACGUCGACCGGUAUGAUCACUAUCUGUUGAGAGAACGGCCCCCUUUCUUCGUUGGACUCAUCUGGUAUGAGUUCCUCUUUGAUGUGCCAAUCAUUGUCCUCAAUCUUUACGCCAUUUUGACUGCCAAACCCUGGUUCAAAACCACUUGCUUGAUCUACGGUGUUGCUGUGUGUACUGCAAUGACUGCUGUACUACCAGAAAUGUUGGCUGCAGGAGAGAAAUCUUCUAAGUUGAUGUCAAUAUACAUCCCUCUCAUAGGUUUAGGAGUGGUAGCAGCUCUGCGAGGUUUGCCAUCUCAUUCCAUAUUUGGCAUGAGCCCUGAAGCGUCCACCAAAAAGCACGUUUGAAGUUGAAGUAAUUGGUCUCUCUUCUAUGGAUUUG